AUGCUAGAAUACUUCGGCUACAAGCAGUACAAGAAGUACAAGACGGAGAAGGAGGCAAAGGAGGCCGCCGCAACAGACGGCAACGAUGCCGCAACUCAACACCCCGCUUCGAGACCAUCGCCAUCACGGCGCCAGACCAGCUCCCGCUCGCUGUCGCCGGCAGGCAGCGCCGCGACCGAUCGCACAAAGGGCGGUCCCGCGCCAGUCCUGGAUCGCAAAGAUGAGGCCUUCUUUAGGCGCAUUCUCUCCGACCCGGACGCCGAGGACUCUGAUGACGAGCACCUCCGUCCUCCUCUGCCGCCGCGCAGCAAGACGCCUGAGUACACAUGGGAAUCCGACGAAUCGCGGCGUACCGCCCCCUUGAAGGAGGAACCCCCAAAGAAGGCGGCGACAGUCGCCGUCGACCCCAAGGCCGAUGGCAAGAAGCCCAACAAGAUCGCCUUCCUCUUCUCGAAGGUCAGAGGUGGCGACGACAAGGACAAGCAGCUCGCACCCGUCAAGCCCACCGCCGUGCCUGCGGAGGAGGAAGCCCGGGAGAAGGACGACCUCUCUCGCGUGCUCGAAGAUCUCAACCUCUCCGCCAAGAACAACAAGGCGAUCCCCCUCUCGGCAGAGUCGUCCGAGCUCGUCCAGCAGUUCACCCUCGCUCUCAAGGAUCUCGUCAACGGUGUCCCGACCGCCGUGGACGACAUCAAGAGACUCGUCGAGGACAAGGACGGCACCAUCAAGAAGUCCUUCGACAAGCUGCCCAACGGCAUGAAGAAGCUCGUCACCAACCUCCCGGACAAGUUCACGGCCUCCCUGGGCCCCGAGGUACUGGCUGCAGCGGCCAAGAGCCAGGGCAUCCACCAGGCGGAAGUCGGAGCGGAGGAAACCGUCAAGGGCGCCGCCAAGAGGAUGUUCAACCCCUCGAACCUCUCCGACCUCGUCACCAAGCCGGGCGCCGUCGUGGGCAUGCUCAAAGCCAUCGUCAACGCCCUGAAGCUGAGGUGGCCCGCCUUCAUCGGCACGAACGCGAUCAUCUCGGUCGCUCUAUUCCUUCUCCUCUUUGUUCUGUGGUACUGCCACAAGCGCGGCCGCGAGGAGCGCAUCAAGCGCGAAAACGCGCCCGAAAUCAUCGACGGCAGUGGCCGUAUCGAGGAGCUGCCCGAUGACCCCGCUCUGCCGGGACCCUCGCGCUCUCGUACGGAGCCUGUUCAUUCGGAUCGUCCGCGCAGCCAACGCAGCGAGCGCAGCAGGCGCAGUGGCAGGGCCGGGUCGGGGCGGACGACGCCGGCGCGGAGGGCUUCGCCACCACCCCCCGACUCUCCCCGCAGAAGAGCUACGAGAAAGUGA